CCCAAGAGUUUCAUAAUGCAUUUGUCAAUUUCUUCCUAUAUCUAAGCAAGGAAUCAAAGAUAUAAUAGCCACGGUGCAGCUACUUGGUUCCUCAUCUCGCCUUCCCACUUUAGCCAUCAUGGAGCUUAUGGGUUUCUUCUCCAACCCCACAUCCUUCAUGGUUGCAACAUUGGCUGUGAUGCUUGUUAUUCUCACUUUCAACAUCUUUGCAGCAAAGAAGAAGCGAUACCACCCAGUUGCAGGCACCAUCUUUAACCAGCUACUGAACUUCAGUAGGUUGCAUGACUACAUGACUGAGCUUGCUGCCAAGUAUGGUACUUACAGGUUGCUCAGCCCUUUCCGGAGCGAGGUCUAUACAGCAGACCCUGCAAAUGUUGAAUACAUCCUCAAAACAAACUUCCCAAAUUAUGGAAAGGGAUGGCAUAACUACAACAUUUUGAGUGAUCUCCUUGGUGAUGGGAUCUUCACUGUCGAUGGCGAGAAGUGGCGACAUCAAAGAAAGGUGUCAAGUUACGAGUUCUCAGCAAAGGUAUUGAGGGACUUCAGCAGCAUAGUCUUCAGAAGGAAUGCAGUAAAACUUGCACAAAUACUGUCUGAGGCUGCAACCUCUAAUGAAACCUUUGAUAUUCAAGAUCUAUUCAUGAAGUCUACCUUGGACUCAAUUUUCAAAGUGGGAUUUGGUGUAGAACUGGACAGCAUGGGAGGAUCAACUGAGGGGACCAAGUUUGCCAAUGCAUUUGAUGAUUCAAGUGCACUGACCAUAUGGCGUUAUGUUGAUAUUCUAUGGCCGAUCAAGAAGUUUCUGAAUAUUGGAUCAGAAGCUGCAUUAAGGAAAAAUAUUAAAGUGAUUGACAGCUUCAUGUAUAAAUUAAUCAGCAAAAGGAUUGAACAGAAUAAGAACUCACCUGGUGAUGCUUCAGUAUUAAAGAAAGACGACAUCUUGUCAAGAUUCCUUGAAUUGAAUGAGACGGAUCCAAAGUACUUGAGAGAUAUCGUCCUUAAUUUCUUAGUUGCUGGCAGAGACACAACAGCAACCACCCUUUCCUGGUUCCUUUACAUGCUCUGCAAGCAUCCUCACAUACAGGAAAAAAUUGCAAAAGAAGUGAAAGAAGCGACAAGUAUGAAAGAAAAUACAUCGUUUGAUGAUUUCGCAGCAAGUCUGACUGAGGAAAACCUUGACAAGAUGCAAUAUCUUUAUGCAACACUAACGGAAACUCUUAGACUCUAUCCUGCAGUUGCAGUGGAUGCAAAAAUUUGUUUUUCGGAUGAUACAUUACCAGAUGGAUACAAUGUUAAAAAAGGAGACAUGGUUACCUAUCAGCCUUAUGUCAUGGGAAGAAUGAAAUUCAUAUGGGGUGAAGAUGCAGAGGAGUUCCGACCAGAAAGAUGGUUCAAUGAAGAUGGAGUUUUCCGACAAGAAAGUCCUUCAAAGUUUACAGCUUUCCAGGCUGGCCCACGAAUUUGUCUGGGAAAGGAAUUUGCAUAUCGGCAGAUGAGGAUCUUUUCAGCCCUAAUAUUAGGCCGCUUUGUGUUCAAGUUGAGUGAUGAAAAGAAACCUGUCCACUACAGGACUAUGCUCAAUCUUCACAUUGAUGGAGGACUCUAUCUCCGAGCCUUCCACAGACUGGGCCACAACAAUCUACCAAAUGCUUAAAAUGUGCUUCCUUCAUGUCUGCUGUAAUUUCGUUUGUAGUACAACUAUACAACAGCUGCCUGUGCAAAACUAUAAUCAAAUAUAGGGAACAUUAUAAUCAUGGUGAGUGAUGUAAUUGUUUAAGGUUCCAGCAUGAUGUAGCAUGGGCUCUUAAGAGUGAAAGUUGAAUCUGUAUCCAUAUCUAUGGAAAUCCAUUUGUUUAA